CAAAUAAUAAUAUUGAUAUCGAGAAUCGAUAAAUCUAAAACGAAAACAUCUUUUGUAAUUAAAUUAAAUCAAAUAAAAUUUUAGUGAAGUUAACCAUGGAGGUGGAGCAUUGGGGCUCGCUGCCAACAGAGGACGAUGGUGUACAAAUGACGCCGGACAAAUAUGUGCCUUCGGCGGCCAAGAAACCUAAACUGGACGAAAUUCGCCUGCGCGGGGAUCCGGAGCCGGAUGAAGAGCAGUAUAUACAACACACGGUCGAACUUAAAAGCGCUUUGGUGACCCAGACCAUUGAGGUGAUGAAACAAACGGAGGUCCUGCAGUCCCUCAUCGAAACAUACUCCAACAAAAAUGGAAGUUCAAACUACCUGCUAAAUCCCUGCCUUAUGAUACCGGAGGUGGACUUUCCACCAGAGAACGCCGCCGAGUUGGUGGGCAGCCAGAAGUUCCAAAAACCCAUCUGGUUCACGCCUACCGUGGAUACAGCUUACUCCCGCGGAGAUCCACAAUCAUAUCCGGAAAUCUCCAGCAGUGCCUGCCGACAAGCGUUGCGCAAGGUGAUGUGCGGCAUGUUGCGUCUGGCCGGAUUCACCGACUGUUCUGAGUCCGCAGUGCAGUUGCUGACAGAUGCCACCGAGGAGUUCCUACGCAGCUUUAUUGGCGAAUAUCGUGGCUACUACGACACUCAGCCGCGGCUGCAGAAAUCGACAGUGCUUCAACUAGUUCCACUGGAACGUGCUCAUGCUGCGCUCACGGGUACUUCACUCACCCAAGUGCACAACUACUACAAGCACAAGGUGUUGGCCAGAAAUCGCGUGGAGAUCGGAGAGUUUAACAGCGUACUACAGGAGUAUGACAAGCUGAUGAAGGAAAGUCAAAGCAGUAUGCAGAAGCAGAACAACGAGUUCAAUGGACACGACUUCCUUAACAUCUUGGACAACAGCGCCACCGGCAGCAGCCAGAGCAUAGGCGGGAAUAUGGCUAUGGGCGAUAUGCUGCAGGAUCUUGGCGGUAGUACGGGUUCCAGUGGCACUGUUAGCUCCCAGCAGAUGUUGUACGGCCUGCUUGAUGGCCAAAUAUCCUCAAAUACCUCAAAUAUGACGGGAACAAGUGGAAAUGGCAGCGCAAGUGGUGGCAAUGGCAAUGGGGUCACGGUCACCAAUUUUCACUCCACGUUUGAGUCAUGAUUCAGUAAGGAUCUCCUCAACUUUUGUACCAUACAAAAAAACCAUUUCUUAAAUAACAUAAACUCUAUGGAUUGGAUUUGUACCUUAACAGCCUUCAGACUCUAAUUGAGUGUUGAAUAUUAUCCGAAAUCGGAAUUACCAAUUCUAAGUGAAGUCUCAAAUGGUAUGGAUCGAAACGGGAGCGAAUAUCUUAAAAGAAGAUAUCCAAAGUAAUCAAAUCUAGAUUUUUUAUAUUUUGACUAGGAUCUCCAGUUUUAAGUUUGUAAGGUAAAAAAUAAAAAAAAUUUAAAGUGUAUAACCUAUAAAACUUAAUAAAAUAACUUUAUAUUUUA